AUGUCGCCAACACUGAUGCAACCACAGAACCGAAUACGAAUGAGUCUCGAUGAGGACUACUACGGCAUGAGAGAUCGCACGGCACAUGGUGUUCGAGUCCACCUCGAUCACUGCCUGGAUUAUCUUCGCCAAAGUAUUCAAUGCAGUGCCGACAUGACCCCAGUCAUCAUGUAUUUCCAGCCCUGGAUCAAUAUGACACUGGUAAGUCAAGCGGGUCGUUUCUCCCUCUGUCGCUGA